GCAGCGCACCCUCAGCCAUUUUUCUUCACUCCAACCUUCAUCGUGUGAAAUUUGUUCGCGGGUCCGUUUUUCGCUAAAUUACCCACAAAAAGUGCAUCAGUUCAGGACGAAAGUGUUCGCAUUCGACAGUCGACGUCGCGAUUUGCAAAAGUUGCUAGUUUUUGUGCCGAAAGUCGUGUUUUCCGUGGAGGAAAAGUGAAUUUCUUCUGGGACUCGCCCAGGUGCCUCAUUAAAUUUGGCCGUAGAAGAAAGAAAAAAGACUGCCCGUAGUCGGAGAAACAGCAGCAGCAAGUAGAAGAAGAAGCGCAAACCCCCCGAAACUCGAGGAUGGGUCGCAAGAAGAAGAAGGCGUCCAAGCCCUGGUGCUGGUACUGCAACCGCGAGUUCGACGACGAGAAGAUCCUGGUGCAGCACCAGAAGGCCAAACACUUCAAGUGUCACAUCUGCCACAAGAAGCUGUACACGGGGCCGGGGCUGUCGAUCCACUGCAUGCAGGUGCACAAGGAGUCGAUCGACAAGGUGCCCAACUCGCUGCCCAAUCGGUCCAACAUCGAGAUCGAAAUUUAUGGCAUGGAGGGCAUCCCGCCGGACGACAUCCGCGAGCACGAGCGGCAAAAGAACGGAAACGGCGGGGGUGGAGGUGGAGGUGGGGGAGGCGGAGGAUCUGGAGCGGGGGGAAAUAGGUCCGACUCGGACGACGAUGAACCGGUGGGGAAGAAGCCGAAGGCGGAAGCUCCCGUUUCACAAGGCCUGGUGAUGCCCCCGAACAUGAUGACGCCGCACCUGCCCUACGGAAUGAACCCGAUGAUGGCGGCCCAGAUGGGCCACAUGCCGUACAUGGUCCCGCCCGGGAUGCCCGGCAUGAUGCAGCAGAUGAUGGGUGGCCACCCGAGGCCACUGUUCCCGGCGGCGGCGUCCGCCACGACCAUCUCCGCAAACCCCGCAAUCAACAAGGCGACCUUCCCCGCGUACAGCAGUGCGACGAUCAGCGCGCCACCGACGACAAACUCGGCGAAUGCGGCCAACGCCAACGCGGUCGGCGGGGAUGCCGCCAAAUCCGCCGCCUCCUCUGUGAUACCGGUGACCGGUACGACGUCCAAGAUCGUGCACCCGCCGGAGGACCUCAGCCUGGAGGAGAUCCGGGCGCGCAAACCGCAGUACCAGAAGAAGAUCAGCCUGGCGACGCAGCAGCUGCUCCAGCAGAAGCACCAGGAAAAGCAGCAACAGCACGCGGCCGCAGCCGUGGCGGCAGCCAACGCGGCCGUCCAGCAGCAGCACGUCCAGCAGAUGCAGGCGGCCGCGGCGCAACACCAAGCGCAGCAGGCGGCCGCCUUCAAGGCGUUCUCGUCGGCAGCCGCCGUCAGCGGGACGAACACGAUAGUCACGAGCGGACCGGGCAAGGACAGCCGGCUAAUGUCGCCCCACGAGGUAAGUCCCGAACCGCAACUUCAUUUCACCAACACAAACACACCAGUUAACCAGGCAGCGGUCAUAGCCCACGCCCAGGCUGCCGCCGCCAACCACCAAAAGCAGAUCGACGAACUGAACCGGGCCGCGAUGAUCCAACGGAUACAGGCGGCCAACCAAGCGGCGGCCGUCUCAGCAGCGGCCGCCGCCCGACCCGGAGUACCGAUUGGAAUGGUACCGAUGUCGUUGAAUCCCCAGAUGCAACUGAUGCCUCCGAUGAUGCGACAAGGGUUGGCGAUCGGUCCGCCCGGUGCCGCCCUAAUCGGCGGAAACAUGCUCCGCCCAGGUCAUCCGCAGAUGGGCAUUGGUCCAGGUGGCCUCGUACAGAUCCAGGGGAUACCGCCCGGCAUGGGCAUGAUGUUCCCGGGGCACCCGAUGCUGCCGAUGUUGCCGCCCCGCUUCCGGUGAUCAGCUCAGCAACAAGCGCAGGGGCUGCUUCCCCUGCUGCCACUGGCGCAACUCCACCAUCAACUUCCGACGGUUGUGGCGGGACCGGGAACCACUGCCGGGGCCCUGUUCAACCUGACCCUGGCCACACCGACGGCGUUUGUGUUUCCCUGAUGUGGCGGCGGCGGCGGCAGCGCAGCGGAGAUACCCUCCAACGGCAAGCAAGUGGCACUUUAUUCUUUUUCUUAAAUAAUCAUCAUUAUCCUUAUCACGCGGUAGUCACGAGACAAAGUGUGGUGUGUACUAGAACUUAAGUGUAGGGCCUGCUGGAGCUCUCCGCGUUACGCUUCUGAACAGAAUUAGGUGUAUCGUGUAAUGUGAGAGGAAUUCUGAUAGAAAUUAUGAUAUUAGUGGGGUUGGGUGACACAGUUAGGGACGCAACUUUGAAGUGAAGUCAUUGGCGCGUGCACUCGGCUUCUGGUGAAAGUGUGCGAAGGUCGUUUGUAUCAUGAAUACAAUGUUAACGGCUGUAAGAUAUCUGACACACAUGAUUUUUUUUACAAUUUAAGUUUUUUUUUGUUGAUUUCAAUUGACGCUGUGUAAGCAUUGGUCCACUAACGGUGUCUUUGUUGUUCUGGCUAUCUAAAAUUCACUUUUGUUUUGUAAUCAGCAUGACAUGCUCUCGGUUCACAUUUCAUUAUUACGAAAUUCUUUUUUUUUUUGUUCCAAUUUCUUCACCUCUUAUUGUUGCACUAGAGUAAUUCAUUACUACAAGGAUUUGUAGUGUUCAGUAAUUUAGGAUUACAUAAUCCUCAAUUUCACAUUUGAAUGAAAUUUGCUGUUACAUUUGUGUAAUUGUAAAUUACAAAUUGUAAAUUCGUAAUUCGCUAUAACGUUUCCAAAUAAUGAUUUCACUCUCAUAUUUCUUCGGCACAAUUUUCAACCAUUCUCCAUUAAGGCUCUGAAAGGCAUCAUUCCCGAUCGGCCAUUUAGCGACUAUGUUUGUUUUUAGAAAAACAUUCAAAUCUUUAUUCAUAAUAUUUCAAUCAAAAAAUGGUUUUCUUUGUGUUGUUUGCCGAAGCAUUUUACAAAUAGUGAUUAUAUUUUCAUUUCAAUUUACUAUUUCUGGACCCUGAAUUCAGAACUAUCAUUGACAGUCAUUGCCCUAAAUGUGAAA